AUGUCGUCGCUAUCUGAAACUUCCAAAACUACUAAAGAACAACAAAGAGAACUUGCCCUCAAAAGACAUUGUGAAAUAUCAUCCAAUGUUGACCCUGAAGAAUUGCAGCAAUUGCUUGCCUCAGAAGUACCAACUAUCUUAAUUGAGCCUAUAAUUAUUACUACUAAUAUUGAACUAGCUAAUAACCAAACUACUCCAAGCUGA